CGCAUGCGUCAGCUCGUUGUGUACGGAAGUGCUGCAGCAGCAUGCAGAGAGGAGAGCUGAGAUGUUCAAACACGUCUUCCUGACAGGACCUCCAGGUGUGGGUAAAACCACUCUGGUCCAGAAAGCCUGUGAAGCCUUGGCGUCAUCAGGAGCGGGGGUUGAAGGGUUUUACACGGAGGAGGUCAGGGAGGGGGGCCGGAGAGUCGGCUUUGAUGUGGUCACAGUGACGGGACAGAGAGGCCAGCUGUCCAGAAUCAGAGACGUUUCGGCUGCGCCUCACGGCAGACGGGAGUACACCGUGGGACAGUAUGUGGUCGACUUGCCUGCGUUUGAAAACGUGGCUCUGCCCCUCUUCAGAAAUGCAGGGUCAGCUGAUGGCGGCGGCAGGAAGGUGUUUGUCAUCGAUGAGAUCGGUAAGAUGGAGCUCUUCAGCCAGCCGUUCAUCAGAGCCGUGAGGCAGACUUUAGGAAGCUCCUCCUGCUCCGUCCUCGGCACCAUCCCCGUUCCUAAGGGCAAACCUCUGGGCCUGGUGGAGGAGGUGCGGAGCAGGACGGACGUGAAGGUCUUCACUGUCUCCAAGGAGAACAGGAACUCUCUCCUCCCUGAGAUCGUAUUGACUUUAGAGAGCUGUCUGAAGCAGACGGCCUGAUGCUGGAUCCUCUCAGAGCAAGGAGACGAGGAGACAAGGAGACGAGGAGACGAGCAGCGAGGAGACGAUCGCGAGCAGCCGUGCAGAGUUUAGUGCUGACAUGAAGUUUUAUUUGUGUCAGUGAGUAUUCACGCAGAGUGUUGAGUGGAUCCACACACGCUUCAGAGCGAGGUCAUGACCUCACCUGGAGGACACGCAUAGCUGCUGGAGCUGUGUGUGUGUGUGUGUGUGUGUGUGUUUGUCACAUGCAUGUAUUUAUGUACAAUAUUCCCUCUUUCUCCCACAGCCUGAAAAUGGAUUAGAUGUUGAAUAAUUUAAGUUGAGAUGGAGCAUCGCAGGGAAUCUUUGUGUUAGUGUGUAAAUAUCUGAGAGUCACACGCUGCUCGUCUCUCUGUCACAGUUUAUUCUUUAACUCUCGGCUGAUGUUCCCCCUCUCUUCACAUUAAAGACUUUAUUUCACUCUAACCUGA